ACAAAAUGCAAAAAAUGUUUAAUGUAAUAAUUGUGUGCCAAAACUAUUUCUUUCUAAAGCUGCUUUGUUUGGAAGCUUCACUUGGUGUGUGUAUGUGCAGUAAUGUGUGUGUGCAUGUACACACAUUUUUUACAUAUCUGUUCACAGAUUAUAUACUGGUCAUAUGUACACAUGACAUGAUGAAGAUAUUAUGUGGAUAAAACAUAAUAUUUGAAGGAAUUAUUAGAAUAAAAUGGUCCUAAGCAGCUGGAUAAACAAUACUUUUCUUGUUUGUAAAUGCAGGUAGAAGGCUUUUUGUGAUAAGAGGCAGUGAUCUUAAAAAUUGGAACAGAAUGUAAAUUCUUCAUUUUUCUGAUCCUGUGUCAUCUCCCAUCAUGUUGUUGUAGUUGUAGUGUCACUGUCUUGUCAGAAUCGUUAAUGUGGAAGGAUCUUUGGGCAUGAAGAGGACUAAUUAACAUGUUUGUACCUUUGGUCCUACUUUUUGCUGAUAUGGAUUGCACCUUAAGUGAAGGUUGUUUAUACUAAUUUAAGCUAGACGCUGGUUGGACUCAUCUAAAACUAUUGUAGUCUAAAUUGAUCCAUAUCACAUUUAAUGCUGUACUUAGCAAUGAUAGUAAUGCAGAACAUUUCUUCAGCUAAUUUUUUUUUUUCCUGGAACAUGAAAAUAAAGUAUUAACUUGCUGCUUUGCAGUGUUUCCCUAAAAAGGGACUUUUGGGAUGUAAUGUUUUCUUGCAAAUAUAGCUGAUCAAAAAUUUUUUUUAAGCCCCAGCAUAGAUAUUUUUCUGCAUUCUUGGUCUCAGUUCUUGACAUUUAUUUUUGCAUUGCCUAUUAGGGAAUAUAGAUGUGUGGUUUUGAAAAAAUAUUUUCUUCCUCUGGUUUAGAGCACUGAUUGGUAUAAGGGAGUAUCAAACUUCAGACUUGAGAAAGAGUAGUAUUGGAAAUUUCAUCUGGGUUUCUGAGGCUCCUUGUGAUGGGGUGCUGGUUUUUGUGGGGUUUUUUGAUUGUUUUUAUUGGGUUUUUUUUCCUCCAACUGUUGAAUAACUGCAUUUAAGAAACCUAAUGGACUUAUAUGUUCAAUGCCAGCUUGUUCAGCUCAUUUGAAGAAGCCACUUUCUCUUUUUUGAUAUAAACCCCCAACAAUAAAAUUUUACCGUUGAUAUUUAACACUUGAAACCUUUACAACAGUUUGAUAUCUCCUGCCAAGUUUUAAGAGAAUUUGAGAUGGUGUUAGGGAGACUUGAAGUCAUUCCUGUGUGACAAAGUUUGGAUACCUUGUUUCAGGCAGCCUGAAUGUUGUAGCUGUGUGUUCCAGGGGUGGUCUGGUGUAGGGGGAGUGUUUGCAGACAAUCAGGCACAUGUAGGAUCUGAUUAGACCCCAUAGAUGCCUCGAAUGGGGGCAACUUUCAGGCCAAUGAGCCUGCCAGCCCCCAAAUGAAGGCUUGUUUUUUUGAAAGCUGCUCCUUACCAAGUUGGUCUAAUAAGAUGCUGCACCUGCCAAAGGUGUUAAAUUUCCUUAACCCAAUUGAAGGAAAUGCUGGUUUAGUUUGCACUUGUUUAUCUCGAAGGGAGAAUAGUUGUGAUGGCUGUAGUGUGGGAGUUGUUUGUGCAGCAAGGAGCUGGCUGCUGUAGGUAGUUUGUUUUGUAGCUGACUGUCACACUUUGUCAGCAUGAAAAGGAGAGUGUAAGUCCUGAGUUUGCAGAGCUGUUCACUGCUCUGUGCCAACAAACUGCCUGAUACUUAAAGGGCAACCUGCUCCUAGUGAUUAGAAAGAACCUCUUAAAAAGAAUCAAACAUUGCACUACUUUUAAACAGUCUCUUAGAUAUCUAACAUUUCUAUCUUAGCUAUAUUUUACUAUGUAAAAAAGGAAAUGUUUUUGAACUACUGGGAUCAAAAAAAGCGAGAUAAAAUUAUAAAAUUGGCAAUGAAAUUACUUCAGCUCUUUCAAAUGGAAGAUACAAGUGUUUUGACUACUUAGAAAAGUAUAUUCAUUAAUUUACAAGCAGAUUAUGUAGUCGUUUUUAAAAAAAAAUCCGAUAUCUCUUUUUUUUAUUACAUGCAGUUUGCUUCUGUGUAAACAGUCAACCUUUAGCACAAAGGAGAGUUUCUAGGCGUUUUUAAAUUCCCUUGAUGACAAUGCUAGUUUUUUUUGGUUAAAAUGUUUUCCAAAGUGAGUUUGGGAUGUGGGGGAGAAAGUGUUCAGAAUGAAGUUUGAGCUUUCAUUGGUGUCAGUGCUUAGUGUGAAGUUAGUAUACACUUUAAAGACUGUGUAUAUUGUGGUUUUCAGCUCUGGAGGAGUUGCUAUGAUCUCACCAUUUAAGGAUUUCUUAGACUGAAAAAUGAGGUUUUACACUCAUUUCCCUCUGUCAGAAAAAUUCUGAACACUGAAAUUUUCUCCCUACCCCUCACGUUUCCUUAACACUGACAGUGAGUCUUAGUUAAAUUUACUAAACCUUAUUAAAUGUGUAACUCAUUUUUUUUGUAGUCAGUUGAAAAGAUACCUAUAGGAAGAACGUGAUCUGUGGUCCAUUUACGAGAAGUGUGAAAGGAGUGUAAUUUAUUUUUAGGUCAUAGAAUAAAAUGUUGAGUCAACAUUUGAAAACAUUUUCUCUUUUAAUAGCUAAAUUAAUCUAUGAUUGACAUGGUGUUUAAUAUUUUUUAUACUGAAUCUGAAAUACCCUCUUGCCAUUUCUUACAUUCAUUUAUAUUGUUUUACUGAGGACAUUCUUUUCCUACACAUUUUAAUUUAGGGAUGGUAAUGCAAACUUAGUAGUGAUGUAUUUCAAUGCAGAAUUCCUCCUCAUAUAUAACAAAAGUAUUUACCUGUAAAGGUGGUAUUUGCCCAUCCAACAUUUACCUGCUUUGAUGCCGGUGUUAUGUGGCACAGGGGAAAAAUAAUAAUUAUUCAGAGGAAUCUGGAAAUUUUUCUUGCCUACAAACAGUAAUUUCUGAAGCUGUUACUCCUUGUAUACUUAAGUUAGGGGAGAUGCCAAGGUGGAAUUUUUGUCAUUGUUGUGUGAUAACACACCUAGAAAAAGUAAUUUCUGAAGCUGUUAACUCCCCCUUGUACACUGAAGUUAGGGGAGAUGCUGAGGUGGGAUUUUUGUCAUUGUAGUGUUGGUAACACACCUAGAAACAGUCAGUUCUGAAACUGUCGCCCAUCCUUGUACACUGAAGUUAGGGGAGAUGCUGAGGUGGGAUUUUCGUCGUUGUGUGAUAACACACCUAGAAACAGUCAUUUCUGAAGCUGUCGCUCCCCCUUACACACUCAGGGGCGAUGCUGAGGUGGGAUUUCCGUGGCUGUUGUGUGGUCACUCCGUGUUUCGCUCUGUGCAGCCUGUCAGGACGCAGCCAUGGCCACGGAGAUCGGUUCCCCGCCGCGCUUCUUCCACAUGCCGCGCUUCCAGCACCAGGCGCCGCGGCAGCUGUUCUACAAGCGGCCUGACUUCGCCCAGCAGCAGGCCAUGCAGCAGCUCACCUUCGACGGCAAGCGCAUGAGGAAAGCUGUCAACAGAAAGACCAUAGACUACAAUCCUUCUGUCAUCAAAUAUUUGGAGAAUAGAGUAUGGCAGAGAGAUCAACGAGACAUGCGGGCGAUCCAGCCCGAUGCAGGAUAUUAUAAUGAUUUGGUCCCUCCUAUAGGAAUGCUGAACAACCCUAUGAAUGCUGUGACAACAAAAUUUGUUCGGACAUCUACUAAUAAAGUAAAAUGCCCAGUGUUUGUUGUCAGGUGGACUCCUGAGGGGAGACGCUUGGUCACUGGUGCAUCUAGUGGGGAGUUCACUUUAUGGAAUGGACUGACUUUCAAUUUUGAAACGAUAUUGCAGGCUCACGACAGCCCUGUAAGGGCUAUGACUUGGUCACACAAUGAUAUGUGGAUGCUGACAGCAGACCACGGGGGAUAUGUGAAAUACUGGCAGUCCAACAUGAACAACGUCAAGAUGUUCCAGGCACAUAAGGAGGCGAUUAGAGAGGCCAGUUUCUCACCCACGGAUAAUAAAUUUGCUACAUGCUCUGACGACGGCACUGUUAGAAUCUGGGACUUUCUACGUUGCCAUGAGGAGAGAAUUCUUCGAGGCCAUGGAGCAGAUGUGAAAUGUGUUGACUGGCAUCCCACAAAGGGAUUAGUUGUUUCAGGAAGUAAAGAUAGCCAACAGCCCAUCAAGUUCUGGGAUCCAAAGACUGGCCAGAGCCUUGCCACACUACAUGCUCACAAAAACACAGUGAUGGAGGUGAAACUGAAUCUCAAUGGCAACUGGCUGCUGACAGCUUCUCGUGACCAUCUCUGUAAACUCUUCGACAUCCGGAACCUGAAAGAAGAACUUCAGGUCUUCAGGGGUCAUAAGAAAGAGGCCACAGCUGUGGCCUGGCAUCCUGUUCACGAAGGGCUGUUUGCCAGUGGAGGGUCUGAUGGCUCCUUGUUGUUCUGGCAUGUUGGGGUUGAGAAGGAGGUUGGUGGAAUGGAAAUGGCCCAUGAAGGAAUGAUCUGGAGUCUAGCUUGGCAUCCCCUCGGACACAUUCUGUGUUCAGGCUCAAAUGAUCACACCAGCAAGUUUUGGACUAGGAAUCGGCCUGGAGAUAAAAUGCGAGAUCGUUACAACUUGAACCUGCUGCCUGGGAUGUCAGAGGAUGGUGUGGAAUAUGCUCCAGGAGAUGAUCUGGAGCCCAACAGCCUGGCAGUUAUUCCUGGGAUGGGAAUACCUGAACAGUUGAAAAUAGCCAUGGAGCAGGAGCAGAUGGGGAAAGAUGAGUCCAAUGACAUUGAAAUGACAAUCCCAGGACUGGAUUGGGGAAUGGAGGAAGUAAUGCAAAAGGACCAAAAGAAAGUGCCACAGAAAAAAGUUCCCUAUGCAAAACCAAUACCAGCACAGUUUCAGCAGGCAUGGAUGCAAAAUAAAGUUCCUUUGCCUCCCCCACCUGAGCCAUUGAAUGAUAGAAAGGAGGAUAUUAAGUUGGAGGAGAAAAAGAAAUCACAGGCAGAGAUUGAGCAGGAAAUGGCAGCACUUCAGUACACAAACCCACAACUCCUGGAGCAACUGAAAAUUGAGAGACUUGCACAAAAGCAAGCUGAGCAAGUGCAGCCACCGCCCCCAGGAGGAUCUCUCCAUGGACCUCAGCCUUUCCCAGGGCAAGGCCCAAUGUCACAGAUGCCUCAAGGGUUUCAGCAGCCCCUUCCACCUCAGCAGAUGCCAAUGAAUAUGCCUCAGAUGGGACCUCCUGGUCCACAAGGACAGUUCCGACCUCCAGGACCCCAAGGACAAAUAGGACCUCAAGGUCCAUUACACCAAGGAGCUGGAGGUCCACAAGGGUUCAUGGGACCACAAGGACCUCCAGGCCCCCAAGGGCCUCCACAAGGAAUGCCACGGCCUCAGGAUUUACAUGGACAUCAAGGAAUGCAGAGACAUCCGGGCCCUCAUGGGCCAAUGGGGCCCCCAGGUCCACAGGGUAAUGCCGGCCCCCAGGGACACUUGGGACCGCAGGGCCUGCCUGGGUCUCAGACUCAUUUAGGACCACAGGGCCCACCUGGCCCACAAGGUCACUUGGGUCCUCAGGGUCCCCCCGGAGGUCAAGGAAUGCAGGGGCCACCUGGUCCACGAGGAAUGCAAGGACCUCUUCCUCACGGCAUGCAAGGAGCUCCGGGAUCUCAAGGGAUGCAGGGCCCCAUAUCUCAAGGGCCUCUGAUGGGACUUAAUCCAAGAGGGAUGCAGGGUCCACCAGGACCCAGAGAUAACCAGGGACCUAAUCCACAAGGGAUGAUGAUGGGUCAUCCACAAGAAAUGAGAGGUCCUCAUAUGCAAAGUGGUUUACUAGGACACGGUCCCCAAGAGAUGCGGGGCCUUCAGGGACCCCCUCCUCAAGGCUCAAUGCUGGGACCGCCACAAGAAAUGCGUGGGCCACCCGGUGGGCCCCAGGGCCAGCAGGGACCUCCACAAGGGUCUUUAGUGGGGCCUCAAGGAAACAUGCAAGGACCUCAGGGACAGCCCAACCCUUCGAGGGGGCCACAUCCUUCCCAGGGCCCUCUGCCCUUCCAGCAGCAGAAAACGCCUCUGUUGGGGGACGGGCCUCGUCCCCCCUUCAAUCAGGAUGGACAGAACCCGGGUCCUCCUCCUCUGAUACCAGGCCUGGGGCAGCAAGGAGGACAAGGUCGUCUGGGCCCUCACAACCAAGGACCUGGUCUUAAUAAAGGUGACGCCCGUGGGCCACCCAACCAUCACCUGGGCCCGCUGUCGGACCGGCGGCACGAGCAGAACAGCGGCGGCCCCGAGCACGGGCCAGAGAGGGGCCUGUUCCGAGGGGGGCAGGACUGGAGCGAGGGCAGGGACAGCAGGGGCAUGCCCGACAGGAGGGGACCUCACCCCGAUUUCCACGAUGACUUCGAUCGCCCCGACGACUUCCGUGACGAUUUCCACCCGGACAAGAGAUUUGGCCAUCGACUACGGGAGUUCGAGGGGAGAGGAGGCCCACCAUUGCAAGAUGAGAAAUGGAGACGAGGUGGACCUGGGCCUCCCUUUCCUCCUGAUCACAGGGAAUUUGAAGGAGGUGGUUCCAACCGUGGGCCCCCUGGGGCUUGGGAAGGACGGAGACCUUCAGAUGACAGAUACCCACGGGAUCCUGAGGAUGCACGCUUCCGAGGAAGGCGAGAUGAGAGCUUCCGGAGAGGAGGACCCUCGAGACAUGAGGGCCGGGGACCCAGGGGCAGAGAUGGCUUUCCUGGCCCUGAAGAUUUUGGGCCAGAUGAUGCUUUUGACUCUCCAGAUGAAAAUUCCAGAGGAAGGGACCAUGGUGCUCGGGGGCGAGGUCGAGGUGCUCCAAGAGGAGCUCGGAAGGGUUUGCUUCCUACUCCAGAUGAAUUCCCACGUUUUGAAGGAGGGAGGAAACCAGAAUCCUGGGAUGGAAACAGAGAACCAGGUCCUCGUCCAGACCACCCUCCUCAUGAUGGGCAUUCUCCAGCCAACAGAGAACGUUCCUCCUCACUCCAGGGCAUGGACAUGGCCUCACUGCCACCACGGAAACGUCCCUGGCACGACGGACCCGGAACCUCUGACCACAGAGACAUGGAUGCUCCAGGGGGACCUCCAGAGGAGAGGGGCAAAGGACGAGGAAAUUCAGGACCUUCACAGAGAGCACCAAAAUCUGGGAGGUCCAGUUCUCUAGAUGGAGACCACCACGAUGGAUUCCACAGGGAUGAAGGCUUCGGUGGAGGCCCAGGAGGAGUCAAUAACCCUUCUCGAGGAGGAAGGAGUGGCAGCAAUUGGGGAAGAGGAAAUAACAUGAACUCUGGCCAGUCCCGGAGAGGAGGAUCUCGGGGUGGACGAGGCCGAUAGAAGAGGCUUUGACUGGGUCAUGCCCAGUCCUUGUGGGACAAUAUUUAAACAGACUGCUACUCUGGACUCAGUCACCUGCAAUGCCACGAACCUGGAUUCUUAACUGGGAUAACUGAAUGUGCAUUAGUUCCUAACAAGGGUCUUUCUUUUCCUAAAUCAGUCAUUUGCCUCUAGCUGCAAUAUUGUAGCUAGCUUUGUUUUGUUCUUUCCACUCCCAUUCCCCUCACUUUCUUGUUUUGUCAAGAGCUGGAAUUCCUUUUAAGUGUUGUGGAACAUGGAAUAUCUCCACAGAUUUCAGUUCACCUCCAGACAGAAACUUGUUUCUAUAUGUACAGUUUGUCAAAGAGUUACGUUGGUUUUGUAUGAAUACAGAAUGUAAUUUGCGCAAAAAUUAA